AUGAGAACCAGAGUAAAGCUCAGAGAACAAAGCAGCAGAACAGACCUGCUGGACCUGAACCUGAACCUGGGUGUGAAGUCACCCAAGUUUCUGAUUCAUGAGCAGAGACCAGCCUCUCCUGAACCCAGCUGUGUGUCCAUGAAGAGUGAUCGGUCUAUGAUUGAUCCCAUUGAGUUCAAAGAUGGACACCAGUCUGUUGGAGGCGUUAAGCAGCAGAACUCAGAGGAUCUCAGAGGUCAGUCUGUCCCUCAGCAUCAAACAGAUCUGGACUCUGUGUUUAUGCUGCUGGAGGAGAACAUUGUCAGUUUCGUGAAGAAUGAGCUGAAGAAGAUCCAGAAGGUUCUGGGUCCAGAUUACUCAGAAUGCUUAGAGAGUCAGAGGGAGGAAGAGGAGGUGUUGGUGGGUGAGGAUGAAGAUCAGAGGAGGAGCAGCAGAGAGUCAUUCCUGAAGAUCACUCUGCACUUCCUGAGGAGAAUGAAGCAGGAGGAGCUGGCUGACCGUCUGCAUAGCAGGACUAUCACUGCAAUGUGCCGACAACAACUCAAGUCCAACCUGAAGAAGAAGUUCCAGUGUGUGUUUGAGGGGAUCGCUAAAGCAGGAAACCCAACUCUUCUGAACCAGAUCUACACAGAGCUCUACAUCACAGAGGGAGGGACUGCAGAGGUCAAUGAUGAACAUGAGUACAUCAAGAAGAAGCUCAGUGAGAAUCUGUCUGCAGAGAGAAGCAUCAAUCUGUUCCACUGUCUGAAUGAACUGAAUGAUCGUUCUCUAGUGGAGGAGAUCCAACAGUCCCUGAGAUCAGGAAGUCUCUCCACAGAUGAACUGUCUCCUGCUCAGUGGUCAGCUCUGGUCUUCAUCUUGCUGUCAUCAGAAGAACAUCUGGUCGUGUUUGACCUGAAGAAAUACUCUGCUUCAGAGGAGGCUCUUCUGAGGCUGCUGCCAGUGGUCAAAGCCUCCAACAAAGCUCUGCUAAGCAGCUGUAACCUCACAGAGAGAAGCUGUGAAGCUCUGUCCUCAGUUCUCAGCUCUCAGUCCUCUAGUCUGAGAGAUCUGGACCUGAGUAACAACGACCUGCGGGAUUCAGGAGUGAAGCUGCUUUCUGAUGGAUUGAAGAGUCCUCACUGUGAACUGGAAACUCUCAGGCUGUCAGAUUGUCUGGUCACAGAAGAAGGUUGUGCUUCUCUGGCUUCAGCUCUGAGGUCCAACCCCUCCCAUCUAAUAGAGUUGGACCUGAGGAACAACAACCUGCAGCUGCAGGAGUUUGGAGUAAAACUGCUUUGUGCUGGAGUGGUGGACCCUAAUUGGAGACUUGAUGCUCUCAGAGUGGACAGUAAUAGAGAGCAGAAGCUAACUCCUGGUCUGAGGAAAUAUGCCUGUAAAAUCACUCUGGACCCAAAGUCAGCACAUAGAAACCUCAAACUGUCUGACAACAACAAAAGAGUGGAAGCGGUGAUCCAGCAGCAGCCGUAUCCUGAUCAUCUGGAAAGAUUUGAUAUCUUUUGUCAGCUGCUGUGUAGAAAUGGUCUGACUGGUCGCUGUUACUGGGAGGUCGAGUGGAGUGGAAGGGUUGAUAUAGCAGUGGCCUACAGAGGGAUCAGGAGGAAGGGAUACAGCAGGACCUCCAGGUUUGGAGGCAACGAUCAGUCCUGGUGUCUGAGCUGCUCUGAUGAUCAUUACUCUGUCUGGCACAACAACGCAGAGACGAUCAUUCCUCUGCCUCCCUCCUCCAUCUCUCACAGAGUAGCAGUUUAUCUGGACUGUCCAGCUGGCACUCUGUCCUUCUACACAGUCUCCUCUGAUACACUGGUCCACCUCCACACCUUCAGCACCACAUUCACUGGACUUCUGUAUCCUGGGUUUAGAGUCUGGAGUGGUUCAGUGACUAUAUGUCCAGAGGCUGCUGCAGAGUCACACUGAUGACUGU